AUGGACUAUGCCAUAGGCGGAGAGCUGAUGGACAGGAUUGUGGAGUUUGGCUACCUACAGGAGGAGGAGUCCCGUAAGGUAUUUAAACAGAUGGUAUGUGCCCUUCAGUAUUGUCACAUGAAAGGGAUUGUUCACAGGGAUCUAAAGCCUGAAAAUAUUUUAGUGGACGGCAAAGGAAAUAUAAAACUCAGUGAUUUUGGACUGAGCACCAAGCUUACCCUGGGGCAGAAGCUAGCACAUUUCUGUGGGACCGUUCCUUAUUGUGCCCCAGAAGUCUUUAAAGGUGGAGGCUACGAUGGCCGAGCAACCGACAUCUGGAGUUUGGGGGUUGUACUCUACUUUAUGUCUACAGGGUGCCUCCCUUUCAAGGGAACUGCCUUUGUAGGAAUAAAGGAGCAGAUCUUGGUGGGAAAGUACUCUGUUGAAUUCAAGCUGUCGCCAGAGCUUUGGGAUCUUAUUGCUAAGUUGUUAACUAUAAAUCCUGGAGAAAGACCAACAAUAGAUGAUGUUGUGGGCUUUCAAUGGCUGAAGCAUGGCAAUGAAGGUUCUCCCAAUCCCUUUAGAGAGAACGAUGAGGACAGCUACCCAGACCCCACUGUGAUGGCCAUCAUGGGUGUCAUGGGUUAUAAGCAAGGACAGAUCCUGGAAGCUUUACACGAGAAGAAGUUUGAUCAAGUGAUGGCCACCUACUUGAUUCUUAGGCAGCAGUCACCCUGGGAAGACAUUACAAAAGAUCUUCAGCCCAAGCAGUCUGCUGGAACCUUGAACCUUACAGGCCCUCCCACAACACCUAAAGUGACUAUCAAGAGGGGAUCUAGUGUCUCUAUCCUUUCCACUUCUUCCAGUUUGCACACUCUAACUGAGAGUCCCGAGAAUGACAAAAAGGGGAGAACGAGGUACAGUAGGCCUCCCACCCUGAACUGCCCUGACAAGAAAACAGCCCCCAUUCACAGAAUCUGCCCCCAGUGUGUGCAUGAGGCUAAUUUCACGAACAGCACCUCGGGGGAUUCAGAGAGCACUAUUAACACCUCCGAUGAAAUAUGUACCAUAGUGUCUUGCCCCCAGUGUGUACAUGAGGCUAAUUUCUCGAACAGCACCUCGGGGGAUUCAGAGAGCACUGUUAACACCUCCGAUGAAAUAUGUACCACAGUGUCCUGCCCCCAGUGUGUACAUGAGGCUAAUUUCACGAACAGCACCUCGGGGGAUUCAGAGAGCACUAUUAACACCUCCGAUGAAAUAUGUACCACAGUGUCCUGCCCCCAGUGUGUACAUGAGGCUAAUUUCACGAACAGCACCUCGGGGGAUUCAGAGAGCACUAUUAACACCUCCGAUGAAAUAUGUACCACAGUGUCCUGCCCCCAGUGUGUACAUGAGGCUAAUAUCCCGAACAGCACCUCGGGGGAUUCAGAGAGCACUGUUAACACCUCCGAUGAAAUAUGUACCACAGUGUCCUGCCCCCAGUGUGUACAUGAGGCUAAUUUCACGAACAGCACCUCGGGGGAUUCAGAGAGCACUAUUAACACCUCCGAUGAAAUAUGUACCACAGUGUCCUGCCCCCAGUGUGUACAUGAGGCUAAUUUCACGAACAGCACCUCGGGGGAUUCAGAGAGCACUGUUAACAGUUCCGAUGAAAUAUGUACCACAGUGUCUUGCCCCCAGUGUGUACAUGAGGCUAAUUUCACGAACAGCACCUCGGGGGAUUCAGAGAGCACUAUUAACACCUCCGAUGAAAUAUGUACCACAGUGUCCUGCCCCCAGUGUGUACAUGAGGCUAAUUUCACGAACAGCACCUCGGGGGAUUCAGAGAGCACUGUUAACAGUUCCGAUGAAAUAUGUACCACAGUGUCUUGCCCCCAGUGUGUACAUGAGGCUAAUUUCACGAACAGCACCUCGGGGGAUUCAGAGAGCACUGUUAACAGUUCCGAUGAAAUAUGUACCAUAGUGUCUUGCCCCCAGUGUGUACAUGAGGCUAAUUUCACGAACAGCACCUCGGGGGAUUCAGAGAGCACUGUUAACAGUUCCGAUGAAAUAUGUACCACAGUGUCUUCAGCACUGGAAACUUAUUCCAGUAAGUUAUCCUGGAAUGUGUCCGAAGCUGGCCCUAACAAAUCAAAGAGCAAGGCGUCCUCACAGGAUGUUUUAUCUCAUCACACCACUAUGGAGGAAGUUCAGUGCAGAGACGUCAACAUACAAGGUGAAAUUAUCGGUUCAUCUCUCCCACAAACCUCACCUCAGGAGGACCUCAGAGGACAGCCCCACAGCAUGUCUACUGCUGGUCGGAGAGGUGAAAGGAGCAGCUCAUCUCUCCUACAAACUGCACCUCAGGAGGACCUCAGAGGACAGCCCCUCAGUGUUGCUACAGCUGCUUCAAAGUACAACAUGACCUCACAAGAUAGAUCAACUCCAUUCUCCAGCAAGGAGGCCCAGGAUGAGGGUCCGAUUGUACAAGAAAAAGACCUCAGCCCAUCCUCCCCAGAAACAUCCCAGGGACACCUCAGUGGCCGGAGACAGACUGCACCCAGAGCCCCCUUUAGAAAGCGGAUUUGGAAGAGCCUACAGAGCAGGAUUAUAAAAGGCCUGAGAAGUUUAUGCUGCUGCAUACCAACAGAAAAGAGGGAGCGCCUAGGCUGCAACAAAAUCCUGCCUGUGACCUUAGAGGACCAUGGAGGGAGCCAAGGUAACAGUGCUGUUGGAGGCACUGUGCUCCCCCAAAGCUGAAACCAGAGAGUGAAGAGCAGCAUGCUGAGGAUGCACAGGGCCGCUGGAGAGAGCCAGCUACCUGUCGCCAGGUGUACCAUGAGCCAUUAGAAGAGAGAGCGGCACCGGAAGCAGAGGAGGACCCCAGAGGGCCUGCCCAGUUUGUAUGUGUUCAAGAUGAGUAUUGCUGACCAGGUUGGAGCCAGACACAGAGGAGGAACGAGUUUGCAGGGAGUGUCCAUCUUGUGCUCAUUUGGGAAGGUAGAGUGUGUGGGAACAGGAGCCACGUGAAGCCAACACAUGGCAUGGUGCACAUUUUCCCCCAGGGCAUCCGGUCCUGUGCAAGGGAAGGCCCACCAGCUGUGCUUUGAGUGGAAGCAAGGUGAAGUCUGGAGUGUUUGACAGUUGGAUUCAGAGAUGGAGCUGGUUCCAAGCGUGAUCGUGGAUAGAAUCUGUUGAUGGAAAAACAAUGGCAACCCCCGGCCUGACAGUGGACAUGGCUGGUGCUGAAGCUUUGUGUCUCCAGGCAGCAGGCUGGGAAAGACUUUUGCUGCCUGUAUGACCCUAUGCUGGGGCUACCAAGGAGACUCCUGGGACUACACUCAGCAAGGGACAUUUUCAACUGGAUGGUGCUUAGAGCAGGAGAUGCCACUCAAGCCCUAACACACUGGAUGGAAGGGGGAACACACAGGUCUCCUUGAUGGAAGAGGCUUCUGAUUGACAGAGAAUUUGGGCCAGAGGCUUACAAGCAGAUGGACUAAGAGCAACAAAAGAAAAUAUCUACUGAUCCAGGUAACACCCAGGCCCUUGUACUAACUCCUUGUUUUGGUGGAACAGUGUCUGAGGCAGCUUGGAGACUUACCUCACUGAGGGUAAUGCCUCUCUGUCCUGGCAGGAGCCAUGUGAGGGUGAGGUGCUGCUCAAGUCCCCUCCAUCUACUCUAUGGAGUCAGCUGUUGUUACUGUUUUCUCGGUCACCUAGGCAGGGACACCACUUUUCCAUCAGAAGUACUGCCGGCUGCAAGGGACAGACAUAGAGAACACUGACAGUAAUUUGAGGGCUUUUUAGAGUGGGUCCCCUUUUAGAGAGUGACAUCAACCAAUACCUAGAGAACUGAACCAUGAAGACAGUCUCUAAGGAAAGGUCCUAGAUAGUGAGAGCUGAGGGACUGAUGACUUUAUGCCUUGUGUAUCCAGGUGAAGAUCAGCCAUCGAGGAUAUGCUCAGAGAGCUGGGCAUAAGAUUGCUCUGCAGAAGUGUUACCAAGAAAGACAGGCACCAGACAAAAAGAUAUACGGCACAAAUAUCUGAAUAAAGAGAUUGUUUUCUUGCUACAAUAAAUUCCUUUGUAUAUUUGAA